CCGAAGAAGAGGAAGAAAUCUUACUGCACUGCACAAGAAAAGCAGAACUUUUAAGCUGUGAGAUUAACCAGUCAUUAACCAGCCUCUUCAAACUUUUCCCCGUUGUCAUCAUGAAGCAGAAGAAAGCGGCACGCAAACAGGCCAGGAAAGUUUAGUUUGCAAAAACUAGAAACCUCCAAGCAUGGAUGAAACCAGUGUAGAUGGAGCCAAAAUGACAGACUCUCCAGGUGGAAAUACAGCCAUUAAGAGUGAAAAAAAGACAGGGGGAAACUCUUUCUUUAGCUGGCUGUUGGUGCUGGCUUUGCUGGGGGCUUGGCUGUCUGUGGGUGUCAUGUGGUUUGACCUAGUUGACUACAACAGUGUGGUUGGUGCUCUUGGAGGAGUGUAUGAUGCUGAUGGCGAUGGAGACUUUGAUGUAGAAGAUGCCAAAGUUUUAUUGGAAAAUGCUACUGUGGCUGCUAAGGAAAAAACCUUAAGAAAAAAUAUCACAACAGAGGGAGACCAUAUCCAAGCUGUCCAUUCCAAGCUUACGUAUGAGAGACCUAAAGAAGUGGGGCUUAAAAAAGACAGAGAACAUCCUACCAGGGAUAUUGGGCGAAAGCUGAAAGCAGCUCUGAAGGAGCAGCUACGAAUUAUUCAUGAGAAGAUUGAAGCCAAAAAGAUUGCCAAACUAGCCCUUGCUGAGGUCCGUAGUGUUUUGGCUCAAGAAGAAGAGGAGAGACAAGCUGCUCUUGCUGCAAAAAAAGUUAAAGAAGAGGCAGAAGCUAAGCUUCAAGAUGAACGAAUGCAAAGAGAACAAGAGGAGAAACUAGCCAAGGAGAAAGCAGAGAGAGAAAACAUGGAGAAAGAGAAAGCAGAAAAGGAAAGACUGGCCAAAGAAAAAGCAGAAAAAGAAAGACUUGCUAAAGAAAAAGUGGAGAAAGAAAGGGCAGAAAAAGAAAAACUUGAAAAAGAAAAGGCAGAAAAGGAAAAAAUGGCUAAAGAAAAAGCAGAAAAGGAAAGACAUGAGAAAGAAAAGGUAGAAAAAGAAAGAUUGGAGAAAGAGAAAGCAGAGAAAGAAAGACUUGCCAAAGAAAAGGCAGAAAAAGAAAGACUGGCCAAAGAAAAAGCAGAAAAAGAAAGACUUGAGAAAGAAAAGGCAGAAAAAGAAAGACUGGCCAAAGAAAAAGCAGAAAAAGAAAGAUUGGCUAAAGAAAAAGCGGAAAAAGAAAGACUGGAGAAAGAAAAAGCAGAAAAAGAAAGACUGGAGAAAGAGAAAGCAGAGAAAGAAAGACUGGCCAAAGAAAAAGCAGAAAAAGAAAGACUGGCCAAAGAAAAAGCGGAAAAAGAAAGACUGGAGAAAGAAAAAGCAGAGAAAGAAAGAUUGGCUAAAGAAAAAGCAGAAAAAGAAAGACUGGAGAAAGAGAAAGCAGAGAAAGAAAGACUGGCCAAAGAAAAGGCAGAAAAAGAAAGAUUGGCCAAAGAAAAAGCAGAAAAAGAAAGACUGGAGAAAGAAAAAGCAGAGAAAGAAAGACUGGCUAAAGAAAAAGCAGAAAAAGAAAGAUUGGCUAAAGAGAAAGCAGAAAAAGAAAGAUUGGCUAAAGAGAAAGCAGAGAAAGAAAGAUUGGAGAAAGAGAAAGCAGAGAAAGAAAGACUGGCUAAAGAAAAAGCAGAGAAAGAAAGACUGGCCAAAGAAAAAGCAGAGAAAGAAAGAUUGGCUAAAGAAAAGGCAGAAAAAGAAAGACUUGAAAAAGAAAAGGCAGAAAAAGAAAGAUUGGCUAAAGAAAAAGCUGAAAAAGAAAGACUUGAGAAAGAAAAGGCCGAAAAAGAAAGAUUGGCCAAAGAAAAGGCCGAAAAAGAAAGAUUGGCCAAAGAAAAGGCCGAAAAAGAAAGAUUGGCUAAAGAAAAAGCAGAAAAAGAAAGAUUGGCUAAAGAAAAAGCGGAAAAAGAAAGACUGGAAAAAGAGAAAGCGGAGAAAGAAAGACUGGCCAGAGAAAAGGCAGAAAAAGAGAGACUCGCUAAAGAAAAGGCAGAAAAAGAAAGAUUGGAGAAAGAGAAAGCGGAAAAAGAAAAAAUGGCUAAAGAAAAAGCAGAAAAAGAAAGACUCACUAAAGAAAAAGCUGAAAAAGAAAGACAAGAGAAAGAGAAAGCAGAAAAAGAAAGACUGGAGAAAGAAAAGACAGAAAAAGAAAGACUGGCCAAAGAAAAAGUAGAGAAAGAGAGACUGGAGAAAGAGAAAGCAGAGAAAGAAAGGUUAGCCAAAGAAAAGGAAGAGAAAGAAAGGUUGGCUGAAGAAAAGACAGAAAAAGAGAGAAAUGCUAAAGUAAAAACAGAAAAAGAAAGGCUUGAGAAAGAAAAGGCAAAAGAGGAAAGACUGGCCAAAGAAAAGGGAGAAAAAAAGAGACUCAAUAUAGAAAAAGCUGAAAAACAAAGACCGGAGAAAUCAGAGAAAGAAAGUCUUAGCAAAAUAAAAGAUAAUGCACCAAAGGGGCAAACAGAGAAAGACGUAAAGGAAGAAAUAGAAAAUGUGAACAAUUACAAACAAGAAAAAGAGGCAAAAUUAAAUAAAAAAGCUCAUGGACAAAAAGUUGAUCAAUCAGAAAAUGAUGAAAAAAUAUCUACUCGUGGUUUACUUAAAUCUUCGAAAAAAAAUAUCAAGAAAUAAUAGUAAACUGCCAUAACUGUGAGAUUUGAUCGGGAAUAAAAACUCCUAAGGCAUUUAGUAGGAACAGCGUUGCAAGUAAAUAACUACAAGUAAUGUUACUACUAACUUUUUUUUGAGUGACAGCUGUUCAGAAUGGUAACAAGCUACUUUUUAACUAGUGGUGUAGUUAUACAAAACACUACAUUGCUGUUGGUCCCAUGGUACAGCUGAGUGAAGGAGGUAAUAACCCAACUGUCAACUCGCUGUGUUGAGAGGUUUGACUCCGUGAAUCGGUUUGUUUGGAUGUUUCAUGUAACCUAAUUACUUAGAUCCAACAAGCCAGUGGUUUUCAACCCUGUCCCUCUGGCCCUCUCCAACUGUUCACAUUUAGCAUUUCUCCUUAAUCAGCCCCCAUGAUUCAAGUCAUCACCUCGUUAGUAGAGACGAUAAGAUCUGAAAUGGAACUCAUUCAGAAUGUGCAGGGUUGGGGGACUCCAGGAACAGAGAAUAUAUAUAGUGAGUUAUAUAGUGUUUUAAUAAUUUUACCUUUUAAUAUUUUGUAAUAAUUUAUUAUACUCUUUAUUUCAAUGCCUGUUUAAAAACUGCUAGUUGCAGAAUUAAAUAUCAGUUGAAACUUAUAUUUAUCACUUUUAUACUCUUAGCUUCAGUGUAGUUAGCAGCUUUUUGUUUCGCUAACUACUUUAAGGUUAUCUUGACUGUACACUAAUUAGGGCUCCUUUACACAUGGCAUUAUUUAAUUUUUUUUGAGGAUCAAAAUCACUAUUGAAAUCCAAAUGAAGUAAACACACCCAAGAUUUCUUAAACCACAAAUGUUUGGUGGUGGUCUGGUUUGGGGUAGACUUUUGAUUCUCUUUAAUGAACAUGUAAAUACAUUUUCUUUUAACUUUUCUGUUUCCUUGACCAGUAUAGAGAGCAGAGAGUGCCAAAUGUCCAUUCAUGUUCACAGAACUUAACUAUAACUUAAAUAACUGUAAUAUAAUAACUAGACAAGAGCUGUUAAGAUGGUAAACUAGUUUAGGCCUGGUUCUAAAACUCAUACUACGAAGCACGGUCAAGAGCAUGCCAAACCAGAGUUCACCUUGUAAAGCACUUUGUGUUUAUAUAGGGCUAAAGAAAGAAAGAAAGAAAGAAUCCAACAGGUGACAAUAUGAUCUUAACCUUAAAGCCAUGUUGGCCAGUCAGAAGCCUGAAAACGUUUCCAGUAGGUGGAGAUUUCUGAACUGUCACAAUAUGUACAACAACCAAGGUAAUAAAAUGUUGCCAAGUUCAUUUGUUUCAGAUGUAAUCAAACACACUUUUGGCUCAAUGAGAUUAAUAACAUCCUUUAUUGUAGAAACAUUCGAAAGAAAAGAAACUGAAACCAGAUUGUCUAGAGUUUUUGUUUGUUUUGGGUUUUUUUUAGCUGUCAAAGCAUGUUGAAUUAUCCAUCAAUCCAUCCAUCCAUAAUGUAAGGGUGAUGCUAACUCAAAUCCAUUUAGUGACUUAGAAUACAGUAAUAAUUAGAAGUUUUGAAAUUGUACUUGAAUCUGAAAAAUCAUUAUAUUUAGCUGUAGUUUUUCAUUUGCAACGUCGUGUAUUACACAACACAAAUGUGUUCAGUUUUGCCUAAAUUUGUCCAUAUAGUGAACUACUACAUUGUAGUGAUUUUUUGUAUUAUUAUUAUUGUUAUUUAAAAAACAAAUUUUGAAUAAGCAUAUGACUGACUGGUUUUAAACAUUUUGUGUUCAUGAUUGUGUAAAACACUUCCUUUUCAAUUGCGUUAUGUUCAGCACUACUGUGAAAUGAUUAUUAUUAUUUUUUUUAUCAUCUCUUCACACUGACAGCUGCUCUCACUUCUUGUUGAAGAAAGUCUCUUGCAGGCAAUUAAAUCAUUACUAUGACAUUCAGUUACAGAUACACUGAACAAAUCGAUCCAAUUUCAUCUGAUUAAUUGCAAAAUGACAGUGAAGACAGUCUGACCUAAAAGGUCAUAUUUGACAAAAAAAAAAUUAUACUUGAAUGCAGUGUGAACAAAGUUUAAAAUGCUAAAAAAAAUAUCAGAUUACGAUCAAGCAUCAGUUCUGCUUUUUCUGAGCCAGAGAAAGAGCUGAGGAAAGAAUACACUACUUAUGUUCAGGAAGUGAAGCUAUGCAGCUACAAUGAGGAUCAAGUUUUUAACAUGUGCUUAUUUAUUUGGCAGUUGUCUGCAGUUGGUAGUCGGAUGUCUAACCUACUAUCUUUUUCUUUUUCUUUUUUUUUCUUUUCUUUUUUCAGAUCAGACUAUGUUUGCUCAAUUGUUGUUAUUUUUUAACUGAGUUGUUUUAUUUAAGUUUUUACAUUUGGGUUUAUUUUGUUCAGUAUAGUAAGACUUUGAUCUUAUAAUUUCUUUGAUUUAUUAUUGUGUGAAACAUUUUAUUGUUGUGUGAAACAUUUUAAAGUUUAAUUAUGUCAAUAAUGUAACUAUAUUUAUAUAGUAGAAUUUUGUUAGUGUGUUGAAGUUGAAGUGUGUUAUUUCUUUACCACAUGUGCUACGAAACAGACAAAAGUAAUGUUUCUAGAUAGAUUUCUGAAAAUAAAUAAAAAGCCUGCUAAGCAA